GCUCAAGUGCCAAAGCGCGCCAUUUUCUUUAAUGGAUGGACGUCACCAUCCUCACACUGGCGCGAACCUGUAACUCGACACCCAAACGACCUUUUGGGCGCCCGCCAAGCCGCGAGGGUCAACCCACCAUAUUUUCGCGGGGCUCUUGAUUGGGACUAGAGAAACAAGCAAUUUACAUUCAUUCGUACAGCGUUUGGUGGGGCAACUCAAAAGGCAGGUGUUCGGCAAAUUCGCCUUCGGUGCCGCAAUGGGGUGGUCUAGGUGGUCGCGGUGAGCGCGGUGUCCUAGUCCAAGACCUGUUCCAAGACAGCACACACGCUACCUCCACAACCAAACACACACCGGAUCAUCAACUGCCUCUAUUUGGGCAGUCCAUCACGUCCUUCACCGUUUUGAGACGCACCUGUUGCUUUUUUUUGGGCAGCAACUGGUCGAGCGCGUUAGCUCCCGGCAGCCGGUCCAUCGUCUUCACACGACAAUUACCUACGUAUUUGCGCCUAGGUGUUGCUAGCGCCAACUCGAGUUCUACCCCAGCAGCAGCGCCUAGCUCGACCUUCACGGCCGUCAAGGUGACAGCUCUUCCGCUGUGAACGACUGCUCCUUCCUCGUGGAGCAAUUCUCUGCGUAGCCCUGGCCUCCUGCCAACUUUGACCGUGACAAGACAUCCCUCGGCAGAAUGGAGUCCCCGGUCGCGUCACUCGACCUCUGCUCCGACGGCCAAGGCGCCAAGUGCAAGAGCAAGGCUAUUCUGAAUCGCAGGCCCAGCGGUUAUUGGAAGGUCUUCUCUGCGUGGUGGCGCGGGCGCUUUCAAGCGCUCAAGACGCGACCGACCGUCCACGAGGUCAUCGAAUGGUACAACAAGAACGCUGCCACCUCGUGGUCAGCUGGGCAGGUUCCCAGCCUCAAGGCGGUUCUGCGGCAGAGCAAGGGCCUGCGCCCCAUUGACGGUCUUAAGGAGUACUUUCGCGAGUACCGCAAGAAGCGGAAGCAGCAGGGUGGCAACGCGCUGACCGCCAACGAGGACGCGUCAGCGUCUCGCCGUGCUCGCCCCACCAAGCGCCGCCGGGCCCGCUCCUCCCGCGACGACAGCUCUGAUGAGGACGAGAUAGAGGCGGAGCUGAGCGCGUGCUCGGACGAGGAGGCGGAGGCGCAGGCGUGCAGUGACGACGGCGACAUGGCCGAGGCGGUGGUGGCGGAGUGCCAAGUCAGCACUGCUGCCGCGGAGGAGCCCUCUUGCACGGCCGCACCUGCGGCCGCCGAGAAGGCUUCCGAAGCAGCGGCCGUUGAGUGCGCCCUGCCGGCAGCGCCGACCCUGCUGCCCGGCGGGUGGCUGCCCGGUGUGCCCGCCGCCACUGAGGCCGCUGCUGCCGGCCCCUCCGCAGACCUGGCCAUGCAGCCGCUCAUGUUUCCGGGUGCUGAGCAGGUCAACUUUGCGCCGCAGCCGUCCUUCGCGCCGCAGAUGCAGCAGCUGGAGUCGCCAUUCACACCCCUCGCCGCCAUCCCGCCGUUGGCCAUGCCCAAGAACGCAGUGCAUCCCGCGGUGGCUGGCUGCAUGGUGCCGCUGGCCGCUGCCGGCUGCAGCAACAGCUGCUCGCCCUCCCUCUCUGCUGGCCCCUCGCCCGACUUCUUUGACACGCUGCCCUCCGCGCCCUUCAUCGUGAUCGCCGCUGUGCCGGUAUGCCAGGGCCCGCCGCGCGUGACGGCCCGCACGCGGCGCGCAGCUGCAGCCACGCUGCCGCCGCUGGCGUCAUCAUCAUCGACCCCCCUGACUACGGCGGCCCCGCAGCAGCAGCCGGCGCCGUUAGAGGAGGAGGAGCAUGCGGCCGACCGCUGCAGCGCGGGAGGCUGCAUGCCGCCGUCCAGCGGUCGCGCCAUCCACCACCAGGGCUUCGACGGCGCCGGCGCGCACUUCUACCCGCACUAUGGUCCGCCUCAGCCCUACACCGGGUACCCGCACGCCGUCUGCACCUGCUACCCGCCUCGCCCGUCGUACCCCGCGUACCGUGCGCACUCAGCAGACUGCAGCUCUGGCGGCGCCGGCGCCAACAGCGGGGGCUGCGCGUCCAUGCCUCCCCAGUGCUUUCCUCCUCCCCACCACCAGCACCAGCCCGCUUGGGGCUGGUAUGGCCCGGAGUCGUCUUGCCCCUACCUUUGCUGCGCCGCGCCGCCGCCGCCCUGCACCAUUGCGGGCUGCCGAUGCAGUUCGCCCAUGCCCUCGCCGCCACACAUGCCCUACGCUGCCUGGCACGGACCCCACAGCGCGCCCGCCAGCUCAGAGCCUUGGGAGGCGGCAGCCUCGCCGGCGGUCCAGCACGGUGGCGCCGGUCACACCAGCGACGUGGAGGUGUGCAGUAGCCGGGGCCCGGAGCACCGCGACCAGCAGAAGCAGCAGCAGCACGCCGCGGCCAUGAUGGCCAUGAUGCACCACGGCCGCCCUGCGCCCUUCGCCUACCCGCACUUCCAAAUCCACCAGCACCACGCGCACCCUCACGCCGCGCCCUGCUCGGCUUGGGCCCGCCACAGCAUGCCCGCAUGUGCGCCGCCUCCCUGCGGCAUGGUCACAGUCGGAAGCACAAACAGCGUAGCGUCGCUGGAGGCGGAGUCCGGGUUCGCCGGCGCGUCCUCGGCCGAGCCUUGCCGCCUGCAGCGCACGUCAUGGCCAUUUGCACACGACCAGCAGCAGCCGCACGCACCUGCGAUGCCAUCCCCGGCACCGGAGGCCGCCGGUGCCGUACUCAAGUGCGCGGCGGGGAUGGCCGACUGCGACGCCGCGCUGCCGCACCUGGACAGCCUGGGUGCUGUUGGGCGUGAGGGACUGGACCAUGAGCUGGGCAUGGCGUGGGAGAGCUUCCUGAAUGACGGCACCGAUGCCAUGUUGGACAGCGUGCUGGUGGAGGCUUGAAUGUGCAUAGAACAGCUGCAGCACGGCAUUGAUAAAACACUGUUAGGCGGUGUCGCAUGGAUUGUGACUGGAAUUAUGUACGGAUGAACUGGGCGCGCCGGAGCGCACGUGACCAAUCUGUUUGAAAUGAACGUCAUGACUUUGACGCUGUGGAACUGCUGUUGAACAUUACGUGCAGGGGAGCAUGGUAUGUGUAGGCUAACGCGCCAGGCUGAGCAUUAUCAGAUUGGUCAAAAGCAUCUGGGUACCGGAUCAGACGAGUGGUGGUACAGUCGGCUGUCAACCUUGUUUGCCUCCUGCCGUGUACCUGCCACUUUAUACGCACAACACCUCAGUAGUGAGCAGCACGUGAGCUGACGUGGUAAGGGCGUCUUGCAUUGUACAAGACUGUGUGAACAACUGCUCUGGUGUGCGAGUAUGUUGCUCUGUAUUGUGAUCAAGUUCAAUGGGCUUUGUGGCGUCUGUGCUGCCUGGGAAUUCGGCCACACGGCCAACAUGCAUACUUGUCGUUGAUCUGGAUUUGCCGUGUAGAAAUACGAUAAGAAGUUAGUCCUGACAUUGUACAGCGCGGAGUAGGAAUGUGCGCAUCAAGUAGAUGGCAGGGCUGAUUAGUCUGGCAGCGGGUACCGUAUGUUCGAGAUAGAAUCCCCUCGCGCAGAAUGGGCUGCGCUCAGCCCAUGACACUUGUCUGUUGCAACACACUGGCUGGAAAGCCUCCCAAAGGCUGCAGUGCACGCAGGGAGCGCAUGAUGGAUGCAUGUAAACCAGGCGGACU